CACCCAUCCGUCCAGCCAGCCAGCCAGCCAGCCAGCCAGCCAGCCAGCCAGCCACUCUGUCGCCUUGCCAAGCCAGCCGAGCCCUUCGCUGCUGCCUUCAUCUCUGCGUCUGUCUCUCUCUCUCUCUCUCCUCGCGACCCAUCCCACGCUGACGCUGACGCUGUGGGAUCAUGAGCGAGCCGGCAGAGAAUCUCGCGGAACAGCUCCUCCGUCUUGGAGACGAGAUCGUCCUAUCCUCGGACCAUGUCGGCUAUCUGUACAUGGACGGAUCCUUCAAAAAAAGCUGCCGUGUGCGCUUUGGAGGGACGCUCCAGGACUCACGCAUCCUCUCCUCACCCGAUCUGCACGAGGGCUCGAACAUCAACCUCGACUUUCUCCAGCGGUGCGUCCGUCUCGACGGCAAGGAUGCUCGCAAAUCUGUGUUUCGCAUUGAACCCACAUCCCAGUUCACGGCCGCCAAGCAUCUGCACUCGCUGUGGGCCUCGGUCAAGCCCACGGCCAAGUCGACCCUCGACACCAACCUGCUCUUUGGCCCGCUCGUGGACCAGGCGCCCCCAUCCGAGAGCGAGUUCUCGGGCAGCGGCUUCAGCGAGAAUGAUUUUGCCAACGCCCGUCAGGCUGCCCUCCAGGAGAACGCCCUCAACGAAGCCGAGUUCCAGCGCCUGCGGGGCAAACCAGUGGUCUAUGGGAUGGUUAUCCAGCUUCGUUCUGUCCAUAGCCAACAGUAUCUCGCCGUCGACUCCCUUGAAACUUGCGUCGGCGAGCCCAUGUCCAUGAAGGUCUCGGCCGAGCCGCUUCCCCGAAGGGAUGCCUGGUUCAAGAUUCUGCCCAAGUACAAGAUCCGCUCCGAAGGCGAGCCCGUCCGGCUCUAUGAUCGCAUUAUUUUGCAGUCCGUCAAGUCCGAGAGCUUUCUGAACCUAACCAGUCAAACAUAUGGCCCGCUCCAUAACCAGUACCACGACGUCUGCUGCUCGCUCAAGCCGCAUGGCUGGAUGGUGCAUGUUUUUGCACCUUUCUCGGCGACGGCGGCCGCAUCACCCAAGCCCGUCCUCAGCGGACAGUAUAUCCGCCUCUAUCACAAAGAGCGCGAGGGCUAUCUUUACUCGACGACCGAGGGCAAAACUCCCGAGCUGCUUCCACACGUUCUGAACCCGCUAAAUCCGAAAGAGUCCCUCUCGUACGGCGCCGUUUGGCAGCUGGAGCUACCGCUGCCGCUGACCGGUGGCUCUGUUGAAUGGGGGGCGCAUAUCCGCCUGCGCCAUCUUGCGACCUCGUCCUAUCUCCAGGUGCUCCAGAAGAGCGGGCUUGGACAUGCCGAGAGCACGGCAUCAAGCACUCCGGCGCUCUAUGCCGAUAUCAGCACCGGUCUAAAGAAGGUUAAGAGCAUGGGCAAGCUCAACGCCACCCGGUUUGAGCUGUCGAUGGUCUCCAAGGUUGCCGUGGCCGACGGCGACAUCGACCCGACCCUGUUUGUGAUCCGCCCACUCAACACCGAGAGUGACCAUGUCGUCGCUGGCUCUUGCGCACACCUACAGCAUCUGGCCACCGGCGCCUGGAUCCACGCGCGGGCUCAGUCGGACACCAAUACUGCCAAGGUCGAGACGAAUUGCUUUUCGAUCCCGUUUAACGACGAAGAAGGCUCCAAGUUCCGUCUGAUUGCAUCGAGCGAGGUGCGAUACGACGACUACUUUUUGCUCUCUCACGUUGAGCCACUGUUCAUCUCCAAGUGCCUGUUUGUCGAGUCGAUUUCGACCCAGCUCGAUUCGUGGAUCCUUGAAGAGCGGCCCUAUACAUCCGGUUCUGGAACCAAGUUUCCUAUCGCUCCGGCAUCCGAGCACGCCAUCCGGAGUAUUCUGAUGUCUCUCAUAUACUUUUGCACAAAGUCGGGCGACUAUAACCCGCUCAAGCGACGUGGGGCAUCCAUCCGCACUCGGCAAGAUCUCCUUCGUGAGUCUCGGAUCAUCAAGAAGCUCAUCAACAUUCUUGAGAUACCAUUUUCGCUCGAGCGCCGCGGUGAUUACAGAGCUGCUCUUGGCCAGGAGGUCGAUCCGGACCAGUCUCUUGAGGCCGCAGUCGAUUUCUCGCAGUUUGAGCGAGGACAUGAGCCACAGCUCGCUCGCAUCUUCAGCUAUAUCUUCCAGAUGCUGUUGGUCUUUCUUCGAGACACCACCAACAAGAACCAGGUGCACAUUGCACGCGAGUUCGACCGGCUGCUGCCGUUUAUCAAGCUCCAGCUUCCCGUAACCGAAAUAUUCAUGCACAUGAUCGCCAAGAAUGCCGAGAUUGUCGAGGGCAUCACGCGCGCUCUGAUUGACGACAUCAUGCAUCUUGUCCGUGAGACCCGCAAGGGCGAGUUUGUCGACUGCCUGUCAAGCAUGUGCAGCGUCAACGAAGAGGCCGUCCCGGAUCACCAGAACUACAUUGCCGAAAAAAUGCUUGCUCCUGUAUUUUCGUUCGAGGAGACGUGGUACUACAAGACUCGGUGCCACGCCGGCACACUGCAGAUCAGCUGUUCUGGCCUGGGGGACUGGAUGGAUCUGUACAUGUGCCUGGAUGACGAUACACCUGCCGGUCGUGAGCGUGCCAACUUCUUCAAGUCGACCCUGGGCUUGUACCGGGCCUUAUGUCUGGGACACAACAAGAACAGCAUCGACAAGAUCAUCCUUCCAGGGGGAUCGGAGGGUUCUGAGCUCAUUGGUCUCGACGAGUGUCUGAUUGGCCUUCGUGACGGGCGCCUCGGGCCCUCUGUCCAAUCCGACUACUGCCAUCUGCUGAGAGUCUUGUUCAUCGACUCUGUCUCAGUUCUACCGGUGCUGCGUGACUACAUCUUCCCGUAUGAACGGCUCGAUGGUAGCAAACCGCUCUCUGCUGUCAAGGCGGCGAUCACGCUGUCUCGCCAUGCCAAGAUUGACUUUGAGAAUCUCAUCACAUGGCUUCAUGAGUAUCUCAAGAACAACCAAAUCCAGUCCCACCAAGACACGCCAGCGAACCAGCUGACGCUAUCCGUACUGCUACUCGUCAAGUGCUUGAUUCAGUAUGGCUACUACAGCUUUGACCACAUUGCUGUUCUCGUCGAGCACCUUAUUUCAAUCCUCGAUGAUCGCACCGACGAUGGUCGGAGCCGCUCAAGCUUGGAGACUUACAGCCAAGUCAUUGUCGAGUGCAAGAUUCAGAUAUGUACCAUCCUGAACCUCCUUCUCGACAUCCAGAUCGAGUCCCGUGCAUAUCUUCUUGUGUCUGUGUGGAAGCAAAAAUGGCGCACUUCUGCCGCUUCGGCCGGCACUGCUGCCGGUACCUACUCGGAGCCUCAGACGCCCAAACUCGACGACAAGAGGCGCCAUUUCUUCAGCAUCCGUAGCGACACCGACGUCAUGGCCUCUCCACAGUCCGAGUUCUGGAAGGACAUUGAGUAUGUGUUUAUGAAGACCAAGACGAUCAAGCUUGCCGAGUCGCUCAAUCAGAUUCUGCUGGACACGAUUGAGUGUCCGAGCGCGACGCUUCGACGCACUGCCAUUCAGGUGCUUCACAGGCUGCACUCCAACUGGGAGGAGACGAUCGCAGGCACCAAGCGCAUCCUGCUCGUCGAUGACACCCACUACCAGAUUUAUGAGGACCUGAAGCAAGAGAUUAUGAACUUUGUUGAGAUGAUCCCGGAUCUGUUCACGAGCAAGCACAAUGCGACCGAGCUCGCCACGGCCACCGCUUUGGUCAAGUUUAGUUCGCUGUGCUCGUCCAACGACACGUCUUCUCCGCAAGGCGCGUCCGCACCACUCUCCACCAAUGUGGUCUGUCAGAAGAUGCUCAAGAAUCUGCACAUCCACGACCAUAUCUUUGGCAUCAUUGAGAGAAGCAUGGACAUUUUGAUCAAAACCGGCCACAUCAUCCCACAGACAUCGAUGCCGUCGUCGCUGCCCACGUCGCCGUCGCACAGCGAGUAUAGUGAUAGCCCAAGCACAUCGGCGAUGCAUCACGAGCCCGAAAUCUCGCUGAACUUGGUGCGAAGCUGCCUCGAGUUCUUGCAAGCAUACACUCGCGGCCAGGCCUCCCUUGGUGAGCUUGUCACCAGCCGACUUGACCUUUUUCUUGAGGCCAUUGCGGCUUACGACGACAAAGCCACGUCACUAUACAGCGAGGAGGCUCGUUGCAUCGAAGCGCUCUCGGAGAUCAUUUGCAUGAGCCCGCAGCUCAGUAGCCAGAUCACCGAAAGCCAGUUCCGUCGGGUCUUGGAGCUUGCUGAUGGCCGAAAGCCGUGCUAUAUCAUGUUGCUCCGCCGCAUCGUCACCUUCUGCCACUCGUCGGCCAAGCGCCACAACCUAUCGAUCGUCAAGCUCCUGAUGGAGCGCAAGGAGCAGUAUUUUCCCCUUCCCGCCGUCAUCAAAAAGCAUCGUUAUUUCGAAAAGGAUGAGGCCAAGCCCGCAACAAGCUUCCUUGGUCUUCCGGCUGUGAACCAUCAUCACCAUCACCACCAUCACCACCACCGCCCAAAUCUACAGCCGCUAUCGUCGGAAGAUGGCCCUCCACGAGAUGUCCUCUACUGCGCCGAGGUGAUCGAUCUCAUGGCGGCUUGUGUGACCAUGAACCAUCACUACAUCCAGUCGAUAUGUCAGAACCUGCUGCCCUUCCAACAAGUGGUUGGCUUGAUUUCGAAUCGCAAAAUACCCCUUCGACUGAAGGCCUCUGUUGUGCGUUUCUGCAUAAUCAAGUAUCUCAGACCCGAUGAUAUCGACGUGAUCCAUCGCGGCUCGUUGCUUGGCUCGGAGGGCGGCAAUCCGGACAGCUCGAUUCGGAAGCUCUCGGGUACUCGGGUCGACCUUUACGGUGAUUUUGUGGCGGCCCCUGCGUCGGCAGGAGUGUCGGCCGAGCCAUGCACCGUCUUUGGUGCAGUCGAGGAUAUGAUUAUCGACGUUGAGCAUUUGGCUAGCUCCACGGACGGGUCCGCCGAGUCGGACGAACCCCACUAUGUGCUCGACGCCGUCGUGCCGUUUGUGGAUGCCCUGUACUCGGGCAUUCGGGCCCACGAUAUGGCGGAUGCCUUGCGCCGACAGGCAGAGGCGGUAUCGGAGCGACUUUUGCAAUCGCUCGCGAAGCUCUACGUCUCUCCUCUUGUCUCACGGGAUAAGACGCGUGGCCAAAUCAGCGUGGCCAUGGUCAAGGUAGCCAACUCUGAAUUGACACAGACGCAGCAGGUUGAUAUCGAGAAGCGCCGUGUCUCGAUCGAUGCGCCACAUCCGUCGACGGCUUCACACAGCUUCGACGACUUGUCUGAUGGUGUGGCCACUGAUCCACUCGAGCCUGUGUACCGCGAGUUUGCGACCUUUAUUCGCUCAAGCCAUCAAAUUCUAGACAACAUGCAGCAGGAAUUCGAUGACCUGAGCCGUCUGUUCGUCAUUGACGACAAGAUGGUCAUCGAAAGUAGCAGCCUGCACCCGAUCAAGUUCCUGAUCCAGAACCUGGCCGACAGUGUAGGCGGGCAGAGUAACAAUCUGUCCUCAUACCUCGCCGAGAGCGCCCACCAGGCGGAGCAGCUGCUGGAUUCGUAUGCAACCGACGCUGUCGAGGCGGAUACCAAUAUGCAGUAUGACGUCAAGAGCUUAAGGAUCCUGGAGCACCUGAUUCGCAUCAUCACAGACGAGCAGGACGAAGUCGACUACGCUGAUGACUAUGUCCGCUGGAGAAAGCUUGAAACAAAGAAAGUCCACGUGCAAAAUGCGAUCGCGCACUUUGGCGGAGCAUUGAUGGCCGAGCGGCUCUUGACAAGCGAGAAGGAGAAGAUCUCUUCCGGCGCCCUUCGGCUGCUCAUCCAGCUCUUGGACGGUGGCAACAUCAAAAUCCAGAAUCUACUGAUGUCCUACUGGCUGAGUACCAAGGAGGAGCGAUUCUUUUAUUACCAGCAUCAGAAGAUCAAGAGCGAAAUCGCAAACCUGCGCAACACACCUCACGAAACGACCACCAAGAGUGCAGGACGCCGCCUUGCACACCAGCGCUCCCAAAGCUUCCACGCUGGGGACAAGCUCCUGAAUAUGCAAGCCGAGCGGCUUGAGCGCGAGAAAUCAAGCCGUGAAGCCGAAGCGCGUCACAGUGACUCGCUGAAGAAUGUGAUGAGGCUCUUGCAGCUGCUGGUAGAAGGCCAUAACAUCGAAACCCAGAACUACAUUCGAUUCCAGCCGGACAACAUCCAGAGCUUCGAUCUUGUCAAGGAUGUCGUCGAUUUCCUGCAUGCCUUGAUCCCAUUUAUCGAGCCAUCGCUUCUCGAUCUUGUUGGUCAAGUCCUCGAUACUCUGAUUGACUUUGCUCAGGGGAGUACAGCGAACCAAGUGUGUAUAUUCAAUGCCAAGAUCAUCAGCGCCAUCAACGAACUCCUUCGAUCACCGUUCGAGCGAUGUGAGCUUGUUGCUGUGAUCGAUAUCAAGCGUCGAGCCGUGCUUUGCGCUCACAGCCUUCUCGAAGAUGACUCGGAUCAAGAAACCUUGGCAAUCUUGCAGGAAAUGGCCUCGACCUUGAGAAUUGAUCUCGUAGCCGAGAAUCUUCAAGAUGUGUAUGCCAAGAUGAAGAUCGAAGAGACAGAAAACCGGCCCGAGUCGGCGCUAUGCGAGGCCGCAACCGCUGCUGGGUAUCAGUACGCGAUGCUCCUGGUUACUGUUGCCUCGUCGCUCGCUGAAGAGCAAAGGGCCAAAUACCGCGACACAGAGUGCUUCCGCCACUUUUCCUCCAAGACCAAGCUUGGCAAGAUCGAGAUUAUGAAGAAGGUCAAGGGCGAGGAGAAGCUCCAGUCGGUUUUAUUCCCUAUUCCGGACAUGUGUCAGUAUCUCAGCCAGGAUGCCAAAGAUACGUUUUUGUGGACCGUGAACCGGGAUACACCUGAGAGUAAAAUCGAGGAUUUCAUGGCCAAGUCGGUUGAACUUGCGUUCCGCAUGAAGAAUCAGGCCCAAGUAACCGAGAACCCACGUACCUCGUGGAUCACCAAUAACCACGACUUGUGGUGGUCACUGGCGUUCCGGCUGACUCUGGCAUUGAAUGUCAUUUCGCUGCUGUGCUCAAAGACCCUCGAACAACAUCACCAAUGGCACUCGCUGCAGGCUUACGACCUCGGGUGCUCUCCGUGGAUGUGGUAUCUGCGGCGGCUGCUCGGUCUGGCACACAUCGCGGCCUGGACGCUUACCACGGCCGAAUACACCCUGAUCGGGAUGCCUCUUGUCCUUCGCAAGUACUUUGAAGAAGCCUCGGCAAAGAGCAGCGACACGGAUGGCGAGAGUGCCUAUUUGGCGCUGAAUGUCAAGCUUAGAGACCUGAUGCUCGGGUUCUUCAUCGCACCAGAAGCAUCGUACCAUCUGCUAUCGGUGGUGCUCUCGGUGAUGGGACUGCUCUUCCCGCCUAUCUAUGCGUUCCAUCUUCUGGACUUUCUAUAUCGCGACAGCAUCGUACAGGGUGUCGUCAGCUCAGUCACAAUGAACCGCAGCUCGCUUGGCAAAACGGGCAUCCUCGGUUUGAUCAUCAUCUUCAUAUAUGGCGUGAUUUCAUUCAUGUUCUUCCGGUCAUCGUUCGACCCUGACGAAGGCCACCACUGCGACUCGUUAGUGGCUUGCUUUGUGACGGUCCUCAGCUACGGCCUCCGUUCCGGUGGCGGCAUUGGCGAGAUCCUCACGACGGCGGGUCGCGAUGACUCAGCCUAUGCCACAAGAAUGGUUUUAGACAUGUCCUUCUUCUUGAUCGUGAUCGUUUUCCUUCUCAAUGUCAUAUUUGGUAUCAUUUUCGACACCUUUGGUCAGAUCCGCGACCAGCGCUCGGCGAUCCAGCACGAUAUCAAAAGCACAUGCUUUAUUUGCUCCAUCGAGGCCGUCGAAUUCCAGAGACAUGGGCGUGGAUUCGACCAUCACAUCCAUUACGACCACAACCUGUGGAUGUAUCUGUUCUUCCUGGUCUACUUGCGCACCAAAGACAAGACCGAGUAUACGGCCCAGGAGUCUUUGGUGGACUCCAUGAUCCAGAAGAGCGACUACAGCUUCUUCCCGAUCCAUCACGCCCUGGUCCUCAAGUCAGUGGAAUCCGACGACAUGGAUGCGCUGAUCGAAACACUCGAAGAGCAGGUCUCGGGUUUGCGGGCCACGCUGGCUCUCUCUACAUCCCCCCGAUCCGUCGAGACUCUCGCCGAGGCGGCUGAGCCACAAACUGCCGAAAGCCCCAGCCCUGAUGUUUGAUUGCCGGGCUGUUUGUGGGAUUAUGGCGUGCCCAUUUUGAAACGGGAGAGUCUAUUUUGAGUCAGAGUUGUCGUUGAUUUCCGGGCCAGAAUGCACACCCAUCCGUCGUCCAUCAUGGCCACGUGUGUUCAUGGUGCCUGG